AUGGGGGAUGAAUGGCAACAAGUAGGAGGAAAGUAUUCUAUACAAAAAGGAUACAUAUGGAGGAAAGGGGAAAUGAACGACUGGCCUUGGGCUAGAUGGAUUUGGAAUUCAGUUAAUGUUCCAAAACAUAGUUUUAUAAACAGGUUGGCAAUGCAUAAAAGAUUAUUGACAAGGGAAAGAUUGGAGAAACUUGGAGUGUGUACAGAAACAAGAUGUGAAAUGUGUGGAGGAUGUAUAGAAACAAUACAACAUCUAUUCUUUGAGUGCCAUUUCUCGGAGGAAUGCUUGAAAAUUCUGAAGGAAUGGCUUGGACUGAGGGCAAAUGUAUUAGGCAUUGAUGGAAUAUGGCAAAGACUAACAAGAAAUGUAAAAGGGACAAUGUGCAGGAAACUGAUUACGGCAGUUGUGGCAACUCUAGUAUACAAAAUAUGGCAAGCUAGAAAUGAUUCAAUAUGGAAUGGCAAAGUACCAAGUCCAGUGAUGGUAUGUAAACAGAUCCAACAAGAAUGUAAGAUUAGAUUGAACAUGCAAAACAUUAGGAAAGAAGGGAGAAGUAGUAGGGAAUGGAUAGAGAAUCUGUAUAGCACGGAAGAUAGGAAAGGAUAG